GAAUAUUUCUUCCGGGUCAGCGCUGCUUCGAACUUCACAGACCACAACAGAAGACUACCGCGGCCCAGUUGGAUGAUACCUGAUGUUUUAUGACUUUUAAUCGCUAAAUAUAGUUAGACCUCACUGGGACAUGGCUGGUUUACCACCGGGAGACCCUCAGCUGGUCUCCAUGAUCGUCAGCCAUCUAAAGACUCAGGGUCUCUUCGACCAGUUCAGGAGGGACUGUCUGGCAGACGUUGAUACAAAGCCCGCUUACUUGAACCUAAAACAACGAGUGGACAACUUUGUCUCCAAUCACCUCUCUAAUCACACAUGGAGCCCUCAUUUGAACAAAAACCAGCUGAGGAACAACAUCAGGCAGCUUGUCCUACAGUCUGGGAUGCUGGAACAGGGAGUGGACAGGAUUGUGGCCCAGGUGGUGGAUCCUAAGAUCAACCAUAUCUUUCGACCGCAGGUGGAGAGGGUGGUCCGUGAAUUCCUGUCACCUGGCAGCUGCUCUGAGGAGCCACCAGCUCCUCUUCCUCCAGUGGAGAUUAAACCAGAUAGCAGCAUUCCUGAGCCAGCUUCAUUGUCAGCUCCAACUACUGCUGCUGCCAGUGAUGCUAUGUCCAUCCUGGACACAAUAACGUCCCUCAACCAGGAGGCUAGUGUCAGAGCCAGCUCAGCAACCGAAAAAGGACGUAAAAGCCUAGCUUCUGAUGACCCAAUGCAGCUGGAAGACAGCGAGCAGGACAUGAGUCUUGAUGAGGACGGUGACAGUCACCAUGACGGAAAACCACCAGAAGAGACGGAGGAAGCAAAACUGACAGCAGAAGUCCAGGCAUUAGAGGUCAAGACAGAGGAUGCACAGGAGCAGAUGGAUCUGGGCAAAGAGGGCUUAAUGGAGGAGGUGAAAAUGGAGGAGGAAGAGUCAGGCGCUCAGGAGCCAACAGAGGAGGAGAAAGACAACCCUGUAAGCAGAAUUACUGGAAAACCCUCAGAAGAGAAACAGGAUGAUGACAUGCUGAAAUCUACAAGCCAGGCCAGGCAGAAAGCCAGAGAGAGGAUAAAAGAAGAAUACUCUUUAGAGGACUCUGACCUGGAAGGCCUGAGCGACAUCACAGUGAGCUCUGUCCACACCAGCGACCUGUCGUCCUUUGGGGAGGAAAGCGAAGAUGAGGAGUUGUUGUCUGAUUCUUCUGAGGAAGGGGAGCUUCCACCAGAUGAUGAAGGUGAUAGAGCAGAAAAGAAGCACACCGGUGGAGACACAGGAGAUGAAGAUAAGGAGCGUAAGCCUCGGCGCAAGGCCUACGUUCACAAACCCUUCCUAUAUUCUCGUUACUAUAGCGACUCGGAUGAUGAGAUCACUGUGGAGGAACGUCGUAGAUCCGCGGCAAAGGACAAAGAGGAACGGCUUCUCAAGAGACAACAGAACAGAGAGCGAAUGGAAGAGAAACGCAAACAGAAAGCAGUGCAGGCUGAAGAAGAUCACAAAAAACAAACGAGUGGCGACUCUGUAGGGCUGGAGGGCCCAAGAGCUAAAGAGGCCCGCAAAGAAAGGAAAGUUCUGGAGAAAAAAAUGGCUCUCAGCAGGAAGAGGAAGCUAGACUCAAGGAAAGAGGGAGACGUUUCAUACAAGAGGAAAGGAGAUACAGGAGAGAUGUCCAAGAAAGCAGAAAUGAAGCCUGCCGCCCCAAAGACCUUCCAACCUAAACUGAUGAGAAAUUUGUCAGAAUCCGCAUCUUCUGAUGAGAGACACAGAAGAAUGAGUGGCAGCAUCUCAGAAGAUUCCAGUGACACAAAGAAGCUGCCUGACAAAAACCGGACACAUUCCUUUAUCCUGGAGCUGGAGCAAGGAUCCCAAGAGGCUCUCAAACAACGAUCAGUUGGUAAAUUUGACCGGCUGUCCCGCAAAGAACUUCAUUCUAAAGAACGCAAAGAGAAAGAACGCAGCUUGUCUGAUGAGCGUGCCAAAUUCAAACAAAAGCAAGAGAAAAAGUCUGAACAUCAGUUGGAUGAAUCCCAGCAGAAGGAAGGAACUGCUGGAAAAGUGUCCUCUGAGGAGAAAGGUGAGAAGAAGCCAAAAAUCAAAAGUGAAAAGAAGAUACCAGGAAGCACAAGAGAAGGAAAGGUGUCUGUGUCUGAAGGUGUUGCUGAAGAGGGAGGUUCUAAAGAUCCCAAGAAGGUGAAAGCUGUGGAGACUGUCAAAGCAGAGAAGGACAAAAACAGGGAAAAAGACAAAGAAAAAGUCAAGGAAAAGUCGAAAGUUGAGAAAAGCUCAAUCAAAAGUGAUUUUAAGCAGCUGCUUCGUCCAGAAUCUGCAGGCUUCUCUGAGGAUCGAUCUGACGUGGAGCCUGGGUCCGACAGCAGCAAAAAGAAAGAUAAACACUCCAAGGAAGUCUUGAAAAGGUCAAAGAGUCACAGUGAGGACAGGUCAGGAGACAAACCAAAGUCCAAAACAGAUAGUAAAGACAGCGAGAAGGAAAAGACUAAAGCAGAUCAAGAGAGCCAGAAGUUGAAUAAGUCUGGCUCAGAAAGUGAUAAAGACCCUAAACGGAUGAAGCUGACAGAAAAAGGAAAAGUCCUAGCAAAAUCAAAAUCCAAAGAAGAGUCAAAGACACCUUUGUUGUCAAAGAAAAGUCAGAGUCUAGAUGUCAAAAGUGCAGGUAGUGCAUGUAGCAGCAAAGCAGAAGCAACAAAAGAGAAGAAAAAAGAGGGAAAUGCAAAAGAACAGCAUAAAGCCUCUGAGGAACCCUCACAUGAAAAAUCAGACAGUAAAGGUGCAAAGAAAAAACUGGAGAAGAAGGAUAAAUUUUCAGAAAAGAAAGAUGAUAGUCAAGAAGAGAAGAAAGCACCAAGAGAAGACAAAAUGGACAAGUCAGAUAAAUCUUCAAAGUCUUCAGUUUCUCCUCUGGGUCUUGAGACAGAAGAACCACCAAAGAAACAACUUCUUCUCCAAGACGUGAGCACCGACUCUGAGCCCGUCACCACCACUCUCACCACCUCGUUCUCAGACGACACCUGCGACGCUUUAAGCGACAUCACCCCUGAGCCACCUGAAGGUGAGACGGAGUCCCGGCUCAGUGAGAUGCCAGCUGUGCCGGCAGACGCCGAUGCCCUGCUUACUCUAAUGGACGUCUGUACUUCAGCUGAGGCCAGACUUCCAGCUGAGAGCAUCCCAGAGGAAGCAGCACCUGAGAUGGCCAUUCAGGAUGCUGAUAUGAAGAUGAAGGAGGCAGCUCUGACGCUGCUCUCCAUGGAUCCUGACAGCACAGUGUCCUCCAGCUUAGUCUGUCAAGACACAAGAGAAGAAUUAGUGGCGAAUCUGCCCAAUACACCACCGAUGGAAGCCACGACAGCUGAGGAGGAGAUGCAGCUUCCUCCAGUGGAAGUGCAAACAGCUGCUGAAAGUGAGGCCAUAGAGCCAUCAGUAGCUGCAUCUCAACAACCUGAUGAGCUUUCUGAUGAGAAACCAAACACUGCAGAUGAGUCUGACGAAUCAGAAAGAAAAAUGGAUACAUCAAGGGUUGAAGCUUCUGAGAUACUUACUCCACAGGAGGACGAUGCUACGUCAGAUAAUUGUCAGACUUCUUCAAAUGAGGAAGAAGCCAAAAGUGCAGAAAUUCUUCUAGAAACAGAAUCAGAUGAGAAAAUGGCUGACGAAGACGCUGUCGGUGCUGUUGUGUCUGAAACGAAAGAGAUCACGAAAAGCACAGAGGAGACGGAUGUUGUUGCUGACACCACUCAGAAAGUUUCUGAAAUCUCCGGAAAUCAAGACCAAACAGAGCCGGAUGAUGCAGUCACAGAGACAAGCGUCGAGGCAGAGGAGACACCAGAUGAGGAGAACCAAGCUAAGAUGGACAUAGAUAACAGUGAAGCUGAGAGUAAAACAGUGGAGGAAGACAAUGGUGAUCCCCAGACUAUGGAAACUGAUGUUCCAGAAAAGACGGAGAAGGUGGAAGAAAGUCAACCCGAGUCUAAACUGAUCAAACAAAUCAGCGAGUCAGGUAACGUCUCCAGCACAGACAGCCAGGAAGAUGAGAAGGGCUCAGACUUGUCAGAAAAGGAAGAAAAAAUGGAGGGAAGAGGAAGACGCAAAAGAAAGCUGUCCAGCCAGAAAGUAGCAGCAGUGAAAGAAUCUGCUGACGAGGAGUUGGAAAAGGAAAGCAAAGAUCAGCAGUCUACUGAGGUUGUGGAAGUCAAAACACCUCGCAGGGGACGAUCAUCCAGAACUGCAGAGGAACCAGAGAAAGACCAAACAAAAGAACCGGAGAAGACAGAGGAGACGCCGAGCCGCAGGGGAAGACGCUCAGGAGCUGCAGCCAAAGUGGACACAGCUGAUAAUCAAAAGAAAGAUGAGAAUGAAGUCGAGGACAACACAGCUGAAACAUCGUCACUGAAACCAGAGGAGAAGGCAGAGAACACUGAAGAGGAAAGUGAACCAAAGAAAAUUGAGGUAAAUCCUGUUCCAGCAGUCAGUGAAGACCCAGGAAGCUCCAAAGACACUACUGACACACGUAACGCGGCAGUGAUGAGAAAGAGAUCAGAGGAACAUGAAAAAUGCGUGGAAAUCCAGGCUCAGGAAGAGGUGAAAGACAACAGUGGGGAGGAUCAAAGUGAGCACCAGCCAAACCAAGACAGCGACUGUUCCCCCUCUGUGAGCCAAUCAGAGGGUCAGGAGGAUAUAAAAGAGGACAGCUGCAGCGAGACGAAGCCAGAUGAAGCCGAGGAAGAGCAACAGCAAGACGACCAAGAGACGUCUUCAAAGAGACCGGCUCGGAGGGGACGAGCAUCAAAGGCAGCCGCUGCAGAGGAUUCAGACAAAAAAGACAAAAAGGCAGACGAGAAAGAAAGUGAUCAGAAUGAUGAAGAGGAGGAGGAGGACGGUGAGAAGGAAGACGAGGAAAAAGGAACUGCAACCAGAGCUACGACACGGUCGGCAUCUCGCCUGGAGGCUGAAAGAAAUAAGCCAAGUAAACCAUCCACCCGGGCAAGUCGACAGAACGGUAAAGAGGAGACCACAGCUGGCACGCGCGGGACGAGGAGCCAGGCAGCCGUGAAGGGGGGCCGUAAACGGGAGGCCAGCCCUCCUGCGGUGCGAACGAGGGGAGGACCGAAAUCAGAGGAGCCCCCUUCCAAGAGAGCCAAACGCUAAGAUUUCUGACAGCGGUAGAACGGUUUGCUCCUGCAGUGUUGUUUUUACACUCCACACUCAAAGAGCCUCUACACUCAGUUAGCAUGUAAAGCUGUUUCUGCUUCAUUGACCGUAGAUACUGAAAAGCUUCUGGAUAGUAUUAAACACUCUCCUCUGAUGGUUGAGUGUAAACCUGAGGAUCUGUGUAAGAAUCCCCCAGAAUACCUUCUACUGCUCUACGCCCAUAUGGUUUGGAUCAGACUCCAUCAUUCCAUCGUUUAUUCAGUAAUGCCCACUGAGUAUUUCAGGCCAAUCAAAGGCCUAAUGUGCAGCCGAGUCGUGCCUCAAGAUAAAGAGGGUGAAUUGGAGUCAACCCAGCAGAGGCCAGAUUGUGUCUCAGAUGUCACCGUUACACAUCUACACACUUGUACAUUAAUCAGUGCGAGGUGUCUGGCCUUCAUUAUGAAUUUUAUUAUUUAAUAUUCAUUCUGUGAAUGAAAGCAGACAUUUUCCUCCUUCUCAGAAGGUAAGGGAAGAAUUUUUUUUUCAUUUCUCCAUUAAACUAACGGCAGUAUUAUUCACAGGCUAGAAAAGCAGAACACAAAUUUAUCCAUAACCUCAAUAUCCUUCAUGACACAUUUCCAACGGCACCUGCUGCAGACUAAGUACUGUUUCUGACUAACUAAAUGGAGGCAAUUUAGUUAUUUUUUAAUGUUAUAGAUUUAGCAGCCAGUGUAAAGAUAUUUGUUUCUUGAAUGUAGAAAUGCUAAAUAUUUCUCCUUUUUUCACUGUUUCAAGCAAACAAAUCACUUCACGUUGUUGUUCAUCAUAAUUUCAUCCAUUUUGUGAAUGUAAAGAAUUUUUUUUGUUUUUUUAUACUAAAUACUUACAAGAAA